UUUUAAACAUGACGGCCGCUACAGAAAAUCGAACUGUUCGGCGUAAUGGUCCGGGAACAAAACGAGCAGAUUGGAAUAACUGGUCGCCGCUGGCUUUUGAGGAAAUGGAUAGUGCUCUGAACAUUCAACAGUACAUCCAACAGACGAUUAAAGCGAAUCCAGCUGAUGUUGCCACAAUUUUAACUCCUCCAUUGGAUCAAGAUGAAGGAGUGUGGAAGUACGAACAUCUUCGUCAAUUUUGCAUCGAGCUCAAUGGCUUAGCUCUUCUCCUCCAAAGAGAAUGUAUCCCAGAAACCUGCCAACAAAUGACCGCCACCGAACAAUGGAUUUUCCUGUGUGCCGCUCAUAAGAACCCAAAUGAGUGUCCAGCGAUCGAUUACACACGUCAUACACUAGACGGAGCCGCCACCUUGCUCAACUCGAAUAAGUAUUUUCCAAGCCGAGUCAACAUCAAAGAAAUUUCAAUUUCAAAGCUGGGAUCUGUAGCUCGUCGCGUCUAUCGCAUAUUUUCGCACGCAUUCUUCCAUCAUCGUAAGCUGUUCGACGAGUUUGAAAAUGAAACUCAUCUCUGCAAGCGAUUCACCACAUACGUGUCGAAGUACAAUCUGAUGCAACAAGAGCAUCUUAUUGUUCCCAUUCUUCCAAAUCAGCAGCAACAACAACAAACAACGGUUCAAUAAUAUACUUGGCUUCUCCAAAUUUUCUUGCACAAAUCGCUAAUCCAUGAUAAUUUAAAAAUAUUUCUAUUCUACCCUACAUCUCAUUCCUACCGUCAUUUUUUUCUCCAUUCUCUUUUUUUCCAACACAGCUCCGUUUUCUAACUUUUUCUUCUACAUCCAGCUUUCGUUUAGUCACAAUCUCUCCGAUGGGAAAAUGCACAUUCUUUCUUCCCUUGUACCAUUUCCAUCCAUGAACUUCCUACUCGAUACAUUUCUCUCAUUCGCUAAUGAUCCCUAUUCGAAUCUAUCUCAAGUAAUACUUGUACGUACCAGAUGAGCUACAAAGUAGAAAACUUGCGAAUAAAUUAAUAAAUGAGAA